CACGGAGCAGUGGAGCAAUCAUUCCUUCGGGCAUUUGCAUGAAAUUGUGGAUAAUUAUUCAUUGAAGUUAUACUUUAAUUACAAUUUUAAGUGUCUUUAAAUUUAUCACAUGGUGGGCUUUUUUACAUUACAAUCAGAUUCUGCCUGAAACGCCCUUAUAUUUCUUUAGCCUCGUGAUUGGCAAGUGUGCAACUCUUGAGUGCAACAGGUGGUUGGUCGUAUCUUCAACAACUUUUAGCAAUACAUCUCUUUAGUCUUUAAAAUUGAUAAGGUAUAUUCUAAUUAUUACUUAUUCAUGAAAUUGAACCCUAGCUUUUUUGACUUACCUUUGACAAUUGAAUUAAGUAUGUCAUCAUCGUAAUGGAUCAGUCUUACCUCCCGGAUAUCAUUGGAACUCUCUGUGCAAUUUUCAGUGUUGCACUCAUCAUACUAAUUUUGGUCUACCGAUAUAAGUUUUUCAAGCACACAACGCACCAGUAUAUUCAGAAAUUAGGAUGUAAGAAAACUAGGCUAAGUGUUCAUCUGAUUGAUUCUGGUGAAGUUGAACUUGGUGAAGUUUGUAUUCAUCCAGAAAUAGAGCAAAUUCUAGCAGACGAUAAAUGGAUUGGCGAUGCAACUGGUCUCAUCCCACACUGUCUUGCUGUUUUAAAGACAUGCCAUCUACUCACCAACAAAAUUGCAAUGCUGAGCAUGUCCGACAUCAACUGUCAAAACUCAAAACACGCAAGCCACGAAAUUGUUCAAAUUGCGCGUAAAAUCACUCCUCGAGCUGACGAUGUAGUGCGGAGUAUGUAUCCACCCCUGGAUGUUUGUCUUUUAGAAGCCAGAGUUGCUGCUCUGAUUUUAGCUGUCACUCAUCUCGCAUUGGUGUCCAAGCAUGAGCUCUUCAAGAAUAAAUCGAAGCUAUCAUGGAUUGAUGAGGCAUUGACAGAGAUGAAUUCUCACUCCUUGGUGCUCCGAGAGGCAGCUCUGGCACAAGAAGCCAAAAAUAGGAUCCAGCAUCUGAUGCCUCUAGCUGAUUUACUCCAAUCUUAGAGAAACCUGCAUGACUAAUAAGAUACAUGGUUUACAUUGUAUUGUAAAACACUAUUAGGUAUUUGAUUAUCGACAGAAAGUCCAUUAUGUAGCACUUAAAAGGAAUGCCUGACUCGGGCUUGAGGAAGAAAAAAUGUGCAGAAUGACAUUCCCACCAAAAAAACUCCUCCCGGACAUGUUUGACCUCUCUAGCACUACAAUCCUCUGUUUUAACUCAGUCCAGACCAUGACCUUAUACAUAUCAGUUAAAUUGGCAUGCCAAAAUAGCCAGACCGUUCCUCUAGUUUUUUAGUCUGAAAAGAUUUAAGUUUAGAAUGAUAGUUUUACAAGCUAUAUUGUUACUAGU